CGUCGGCGGGCCGCCGGAAGGCGGUAGCAUCGUCCCUGCAGGCCUAUGCGGUGAUCCCGGCGCCGUGGACGGAUGGUAGGGUGACCGUCCAACACUUGCAUGCGAUGGCGACCGCCCGAGCCCGGCACUCGAUGGGCUGCGUGAGUGUGCACCACCAGGCGACCGCGGACGUUCCGCUGGCAGCGGCAUGCGCGACCGGGUGGGCGAGAGUAUGCCCCCUGACGAACCCUGCCGGGAGUGCUGUUGCGAGGCGGGGCGCGAGCGCUGAGACGAAGAGGGCCGUUCCAUUGGGGGACCUAGCGGACGAUCCAUCGGUCCUACGGGACGCUCGAGGGGGGUAGGAGGACCACUCGUACGCUCCAUGGGUGGUGCCAAAGCACGGUCCAUGGAUGGGAGUACAGCGCGAUCCAUGGGAGGAACAACAGCACGAUCCAUAGGCGGACCGCUCGGACGCUCCAUCGGCGGGAAGCGCGACGAAGGGCCCGGUGGCGAGCCCGACAUCCCACCUGGACUAGGAAUAGGUGGACGCAUAUCCACAUCGCGCGGCCAUGCCGAACCGGGACGCGGGGCAUCCGACGGACCCUUCGAGGACGAGGGUACCGCAAAGGGCAUCGCCAUCGGCGGACGCUCUCUAUCCAUUGGAGGCCUCUCCCUCUCCAUGGGUGCGCGCUCCCUAUCCAUCGCCGCACGCUCUCUAUCCAUCGGUAUCCGUUCACGAUCCAUCGGCGCGCGCUCUCUAUCCACUGGUACCCGUUCACGAUCCACUGGCGCGCGCUCCCUUUCUUCUGGUGGGCUCCCCUGCAGGAGCGGCGGUCGCCCGCUAGGUCCCGACUUCGACAGCGACGCAGACCGACUAUGCCCCUCAAAUGCAUUUGGAGGCGAACCACUGUGCAUCUGCCCCGCUGCCAUAUUGAUCGCCUCCCCCUGGCGCUCGUACUCCCUCGGCGGGCGCGGGCUUGGCUGGGCAGG